AUGGCAGAUUCUACGUCUCUGAAGCUCAGACCCGGUAACUGUGUGGAGGUCGAGGGCGUCAUUCCUCAGGGAUGUAAAAUGUUUUUCAUCAACUUGGGAAAAGAUAAGAAUUUAGUGAUCCAUUUUAUGGCUCGAUUUGACUUCAUGGGACACAAGAACCUCUUAAUCAUGAACUCGAUGGUGGACGGUGUCUAUGGAGCUGAGCAAAAGGAAACCGUCUUCCCCUUCCAGGAGGGGAAAGAUACCAUGAUUUGCUUCCAGUUUGAGAAGAAGGACAAGAUCACCAUACAACUACUUGAAGGAAAGCCUUUCUCAUUCCCAGUCCGCCUCCCCAUAGAGGAGAUCUCAUACUUUGCUGUGCAAAACCUCCAGCUCAAGUCCAUCAUCGUAAAAUGA